CGAACAUCGCAAAUAUCAUCCACUACAACAGCGUAAAUAAAGACACAAUGGCUACAAAUAACCCCACCCCUCAACCCUUCCGAGCGAUCCGUGCCAAAUCCACCCGAUCCACCAUCACAGUUUACCAAGCCUUCUCCCCCGAAAUCGCUGAACCCGCUCUGAGGGCCCAGAAAUUCGUCCCUCCAUUCUCCCGCACCCGCAUGACCUGGAUCAAACCCUCAUUCCUCUGGAUGGCUUACCGCUGCGGCUGGGCCAGCAAACCGAACCAAGAACGUGUUUUGGCGAUCGAGAUAACCCGCGAGGGCUUUGAAUGGGCUCUGAAAAGAUCCUGCCUCAGUCAUGUACCUGGCAACCAGAACGAAGCGCAAGACAAAUGGCGUCAACGUCUCCGCGAGAGUCCUGUUCGUGUACAGUGGGAUCCGGAGCGAGAUCUGUGGCAUCAGCCAUUGGGGUAUCGGUCUAUUCAGAUUGGGCUCAGUGGGAAGGCUGUUGAGCGAUACGUUGAUGAGUGGAUCGUUUCGAUCACAGACGUGACGGGUCUUAUGGGGGAUGUCAAGAGGGCCUUGGAUAAGGGAGAUAUCGGAGAAGCGGAAGGCCUUCUUCCGGUCGAAUGUGUGUAUCCUCUGUCGGAGGAGCUGCGGGAUAUAUUGCAUGCGACGUAAGGCAGGAUCGGAUGUUUGGUUGUUGGCAUGUUUCGGCAGUGCCGUUGGGCGUGCAUAAAGUUGCAGUUUGAUAUUAUCUUCGCCACUAGCGAAGUCGGCCUCGCUUCAUUUGGUUGCGACAAUAGGC